GAGCCAAGUAAGUCAUUUGAGCUGUACACCCCCCUUGCAAAUUAGCACGCAGCCUUGUCAGAAGUAGCUCCUUCGCCUAAACGUUUAAACCGAUAUACGUAUAGCUAUUUGCCUGACAGUUGUCAACGUUCUCUGCAAAGAAUUGGUUGAUAUGGCAAUUUCAGAUCAUUUAUCUUUAUACUGACGAUCUUCUUGGGAAUUAAUCCUUACGUUUCUUCCUAGCUCAAAGUUGUUGAUCAUACUUGCUGGUAUGUGGCGUUACUUGCUUUAUUUGAUGUAAAAGAAUUAAAGUGCGUAGAUCUGCGUAGAGCGUCUUCUUAAAGAAAUGAAUGCGAGGUCUUCCUGGCUGCGCGAUCUUGACGCCAAAUUUUGCUUCCUUAUCGAUGUCCAGUGUCUGCGUUUUGGCAGUUUUGCGGAUCUCCGGACACGUUGCAUUACCUUUGGGGACGUCUACAGCAACGAUAUCGAUGCAACCGAACUUUUCGAAGAAAUCCUCGAUCGCAGAAUGCUAUUUGCAGGUCGCGAACACCACCAAAUAUCAAAUUCUGAAGAUCUUCUUCAAUUUAUCGUCCAAUAUGGAGAUGAAAGUGUGUUCCCUAACCUUCGCGUCGCGAUAUAGAUUCUGCUGACAGUAGCUGUUUCCAUUGCUGGUUGCGAGAGAUCCUUCAGCAAGCUGAACCUGAUCAUAUCCUUCCUGAGAUCUUCUAUGACACAAGGAAGACUCCGUGACCUCACGUUGCUGAGCAUGGAGCGAGGAGAAGUGAACACCAAUUUCGAUUGUAUCAUUGACAACUUUGCAUCGAAGAAAGCUAGAAGGGAACCCCUUUAAAAUAGUCAAUGUCUACUUUCUGAAUAAAUAAAUUUUAUGAAUAUUUUCUGACUAAAUAACUGUUUCGUUUUCUCUUAAAAAUGGAUCGGAUGGAUUAGGAUUGGAAAUGGUGGUGGGGAGGGCGCAAAUUUUGGCUGUGCCCUGCACGCCAUUUACCCUAUUUACGCCACUGCUUACGAUAUCAAUAUUUGCCUAAAUUUGUCUUUUCGUCGUUACAUCUCAAGCAAUAGUUCAUUUACACGAAACAGUCUGUGAAUUAAAGAUAAGUGUGUCAACUGCACCCUCUAAUACUGAAUUCGUUUCCACUUCAAUGAACUUCAGUUAUGAGAUAUUUAUAUCGCAUACAGAAAAAAUUGCCAACUUUUACCUCACGUGUGACUGAUCUUGAAAAAAGCAAAUAUUCAAUAUUGCAAAACUCAAUAUUUACUUCCCGGGUUGAAUUGGGAUUUUUUAUUUUACCACAGUGUUAUGCGGCGUUACUUGCUUUAUUUGAUGUAAAAGAAUUAAAGUGUGUAGAUCUGCGUAGAGCAUCUUCUUAAAGAAAGGAACGCGAGUUGACGGCAAAUUUGGCUACCUUAUGAGAGACAUUCUGACAGAAAUGUAUAAACUCACUAUUCUAUUACCUUGACGAAAUUUUUUCUACGGUGGAGUAGAACAUAUGUGUUUUUUUGACAUCAACAACGUUUUGGAGUCGUGUCUACAGAGUCUAGCAAAUCCGUGCCCAAAUAUAUUAGAAAAACCGUUGAAUCAAAAGAAGCAGCUAUACUCGUGGUGCAAAAGACACAUACGUUCCUAGUUAGAUGGGAUUCUGACUGAAUUCCAGAUUAAUGCUAUUAUUGGUAAAAAGAAUUACAAAUUUGACGAGAAAUUCUAGAAAAGCUGUGGUUUUAAUAUGGCUGAAAAUGAAGAAUUUCAACUGAAAUCAGUAAAACAGAAAUCUACACAUAUAUCAAACAAAGAUAUUGCACAUCUCAUAAUACAAUGUGGAACUUUCGGCCCUUUUCAGCGCUGGCUCUACGGUUAUGUUUUAACUUUAGGUAUUGUGUCAGCAAUGCAGUUAAUGAACUUGCCAUUUCUCAGUGCAAGCGUUCCUUUUUUAUGCUACCCUCCGAACUUUAAUGCUUCGUUGAUUCCUGCAAAUCUUACAGAGGAUGAAUAUUUACAAAUGCUUCAACCGGACAGCGACGAUCAAUGUUCUGUGUAUAACAAUAAUUUCACUGGGACGUAUUAUGCAACACCACCAAGUAAUUCAUCUAAACUACAGUGUUCUUAUGGACGGAAAUUUCUGACAGAGGAGUUUUCUACAAUUGAAAGCGAGUUUGACUUAGUAUGUGAGAGAAAAUGGUUAAAAUCCACUUCGCAAUCAGUAUUUUUCUCUGGUUUUCUUGUUGGAUCAAUUAUACAUGGUAUUUUAUCUGACAGAUUUGGUCGGAGACCCAUUAUAUUAUUGGCAAGUGUAUGCCUAGUUAUCUGUGGCGUUAUCAAAAUCUUCAUGCCAUCUUUCAGCAUUUUUCUCAUUCUCCACUGGAUUCAAGGUUUUGGAUAUAUCGGUAUUAUGCUUAUCGUAUACGCAUUGGCUCUGGAGCUUAUGUCUCCCAAACAGCGCGAACACCUCAAUUUUUGUUAUGCAACCGUGUACAGCAUUGCUGCGAUAUUUGUAACAGGAUUCGCCUAUGCCAUAUCCGACUGGCGUUAUUUAGAAUUGACAGUGUGUCUCCUGCCUAUAACCAACUUUUUCAUUUGGGUUCAUCUCCCUGAAUCUCCAAGAUGGCUCAUUGAAAGAAAACGGUUUGUAGAAGCAGAAGCACUUUUCCGAAAAAUAAUGAAGAAAAAUAAAAUUCAAAAUCAAGAGGUGUUAGAUAUUUUUAGGAAUAAUGAGGAGAAUGAGGAAGAGGAGGAGAAGACUUCAUACAAGAAUAUUAUUCAAGAACAUGCAUGCGAAGAAAAAGUUUUACCCAAGCAAAAGACUUAUCUUUUCAUUGAUCUAUUUAAAACAUCGUUCAUUGCAUUAAUCACACUUAAUAUUUGCUUUGGCUGGAUGGUCUGCAGUAUGCUAUACUAUGGUGUAUCUCUUAAUUCAGUUGAUAUGGCUGGAAACCGCUACUUAAACUUCCUGUUAAUGCAUGUCGUGGAGUUCCCUAGUAUGGUAACUUCUUACUAUUUGUGUAAAUGCUUUGGUCAUCGAAAACCUACUACGUUUUGUAUGAUGUUUAGUGGAUUGAAUUGCAUUGUGUCAAAUUUUGUAACCAAAGGUUCAUUCUGGUUUCCUUUGAUCCUGGUUAUUCUGGGAAAGUUUGGAAUCGCAGGUGCUUUUGCUUCAGUGUAUCUUUUAUCAGCAGAAAUAUUCCCAACAGUUGUUAGAGCAAACGGCUUAGGUGUUGCGUCAGUAUCGGCCCGCAUUGGUGGCAUAAUUGCACCCUUUAUACUUCAGCUGUCAGCCUAUAUAAAAUGGCUUCCUCUAAGUAUUUACGGUGUCCUUUCAGUUAUGUCCGGCAUGCUGUUGCUCUUACUGCCAGAACCAAAGAAUAAAGACUUGCCGCAAACAUUUGAAGAUCUGGACAACUGGAAGACCUCUUCUGUUGAUGUUUUUCUACUUUUUUUCAAGCAUUCUCCUGGGAGAAGAAGCGCAAAUUUAAAGAGAGAUUUCGGGAAAUUUGUUUUUAACAUGGCUGAAUCUAUAAAACAUCCAGUUAAGGCGAACAAAGAACUAGAGGAUACACAUAUAUCAGAAAAAGGUAUUAUACAGCUUUUAGAAAAAUGUAGUGUUUUUGGACCGUAUCAGCGUAGGUUGUACGCUUAUAUAUUAGUUUCAAAGAUAUUUUCAAUAAUAACAGCAUUGAGUAUGACGUUUUCUACUGGAAAUGUUCCCUUCUUAUGCUACCCACCAAACUUCAAUGCUUCCACAAUUCCUGCAAAUCUUACGGAGAAUGAAUAUUUACAAAUGCUUCGACCUGACGACGAUCAAUGUUCUGUAUAUAACAAUAGUUUCACUGGAACAUAUUAUACAACACCAUCAAGUAAUUCAUCUAAAGUACAGUGUUCUUAUGGACGGAAAUUUCUGACAGAGGAGUUUUCUACAAUUGUAAGCGAGUUUGAUUUGGUAUGCGAAAGGAAAUGGUUAAAAUCCACUUUGCAAUCAGUCUAUUUUUUUGGCUAUCUUUCUGGCUGUAUUGUAUUUGGUAUUUUACCUGAUAGAUUUGGCAGGAAAACCAUGCUGUUUUGGGCACUCCUAUUCCUAAUUGUCUGUGGAUUUGGUAAAAUCUUCGUACCAUCGUUGGCCAUUCUUACGAUUCUCUAUAGUCUUCAAGCUCUUAAUUGUAUGGGCACUUCAAUUAUCUUCUAUACAAUGAUGUUAGAAUUUGCGACUACAAAUUCACGUACAGCUAUAAAUUUUGGUUAUAUGUGCAUUUUUGCAUUAAUUUCCAUGAUUUUACCAGGGUUAGCCUAUGCAAUCCCUGAUUGGCAUUAUUUCGAAUUGACUGUGUGUCUGCAACCAAUAAUUAGUAUUUUCGCUUGCAGAUUCAUUUCUGAAUCUCCGAGAUGGCUUAUAGGAAGAAAACAGUUUGCAGAAGCAAAAACAAUUCUUCGAAAAAUGAUGAAGCAAAAUAAAAUUCAUCCUCAAGAGUGGAUUGGUUUUUUCACAAAUGAUGUAAAAUCCUUAGAGCAAAUUGAUUCUCAAGAUAAUUUGGACGACCAAAGAAUAUCACCCAGAGAGAAAAAUUAUACUUUCAUUGAUUUGUUUAAAACAUUCUAUCUGGCAUCGAUCACACUUAAUAUAUGCUUUUCUUGGUUUGUGAUGGGUAUGCUCUACUAUGGAAUAAUCCUUAAUUCCGUUGAUAUGGCUGGAAACCGCUACAUAAAUUUUCUUGUAAUGCUAGUCAUCGAGUUACCCGCCUCUCUCUGCUGUUACUUUUUAUUUCUACGUUUUGGUCACCGGAAGCCUAUUAGUUUCUUCAUGAUGUCAAGUGGACUAUGUUGCAUCGUCUCAAAUUUUACAACUGAAGGUUCAUACUGGUUUUCUUUGAUCCUGGUUGUUCUGGGAAAGUUUGGAAUCAGUGCAGCAUUUAAUUCAGUUUAUCUCUUAACAGCUGAAAUUUUCCCAACCGUUGUCAGAACGAAUGGUUUAGGGGUAGCUUCAAUGGCAGCCCGUUUCGGCAGCAUAUUUGCACCCUUCAUUCUUCAGCUCUCAUCCUAUGCCAAAUGGCUUCCUUUGAGUAUCUACGGCGUUCUUUCAUUUAUAUCCGGCAUAUCUUUGCUUUUUUUGCCAGAAACAAAAGAUAAAGACUUACCGCAAACAUUUGAAGAUUUGAAUAACUGGAAAACCUGAUAUAGUUGUAAAAAAAAAAUGCAUUAACAAAAAAAAAA